AUGUUUAUACGCGGACCGUUGCGACGAUUUGUUGUUGUCUUUACCGUUUUCUUCGUCGUCGUGCUCCUCAUCUACUUUUAUGCUACACGGGGUUUUAUAGACAUGGAAAUCCUGCAAGAAAAGGUUCAGCAGUUUAAUGAUGAUAUUGCUGAAAAGCUAAAAUGGAGUGGGGGCGCUUUUGGAUUUAUGAAACAAAAGGAGUUGAAGUGUGAACCUCAAGUUGUUGCUUCAUUUGCCGACAUAGAGCCCGGCACUCUUUAUGAUAGCAUUCCCUUUAAAAAUGAAGACGGUGGCGUUUGGAAACAGGGUUUCAACAUAUCAUACUCUCUAUCGGAUUGGGAUAAGCAGAAGCUUGAGGUUAUUGUGCUUCCUCAUUCUCAUCAGGACACCGGUAGUUUUUGGACAAUGACUUUUUCUGUUUUCUCCGGCAUUUUGUGGUUGAAGUCUUUAUUUUGA